AUGCUGUCGCUGUACUGGUCCCUGUCCACCGGGGACCUGAACAGCAGCGCUCUGCAUGAAGCGGGUCUGGCCAACACCAUCACCAGCUUCGUGGAUAAAGGACAAGACGAGCGCGGGCCCCAGCUGAGACGGCAGAGGUAUCACUUCAACAUCAGCUCCCUGGAACGAGACGGGCUCCUGGGGGCCGAGCUUCGCAUCCUGAGGAAGCGCCUGUCUGACCCCCGCAAAGCUUCGAUGGGAUCCACAGCCUCUGAUGGAGGCAGAGGAGGAGAAGGGGGUGGUGGAGGAGGAGGAGGAGGCCCGUCCCCGUGCCUGAGGCUGUACACCUGCACCUCAGGUAAACAAAAGGGUGCUCUGCUCCAGACGAAGACCAUCGAGGAUCUGGUCAGCGGAUUCGGCGGCAAAUGGGAAGUGUUCGACGUGUGGAAAGUCUUCAAGGGUUUCAAAAACCAGCAGCACCAGCACUCCCAGCAGCUGUGCUUUGAACUGGAGGCCCUGGAGCACCGAGGCGGUCGGCCCAUGGACCUGCGCACUCUGGGGUUCGCCCGGCCCGGCAGGACCAACAAGGAAAAGGCCUUCUUCCUGGCGUUUGGCAAAAGCAAGAAACGCGACCUUUUCUACAACGAGAUCAAAGCGCGGUCAGGCAAUGACAAUAAAACCGUCUACGAAUACCUGUUCACCCAGAGACGGAUGCGGCGAGCUCCUCCGGCGAGGGGGGCUAAAAAACCUCUGCAGCAGCCGCAGUCCCUCCCCCAGCACCAGGUAGUGAAGGCGAGGCCGCGCUGCAACCGGAAACACCUCCACGUGAACUUCAAAGAGAUGGGCUGGGACGACUGGAUCAUCGCGCCGCUGGAGUACAACGCGUACCACUGCGACGGCGCCUGCGACUUCCCCAUCCGCUCGCACCUCGAGCCCACCAACCACGCCAUCAUACAGACCCUGAUCAACUCCAUGGACCCGGAGUCGGCGCCGCCCACCUGCUGCGUCCCCACGCGACUCACGCCGAUCAGCAUACUCUACAUCGACUCGUCCAACAACGUCGUCUACAAGCAGUACGAGGACAUGGUGGUGGAGGCGUGCGGCUGCAGGUAGCAAAGAAAAGGUGAGAGGGAAAGACACUUCCUGCCUUUCACUUUGAGGGAAGACAGACUUCUUGUUUGUUAACCUUUGAGAAACUCUAAGUAACUUUCAGAUCAACACUGAGCAAAAGAGUUGUUAUUUCAGCUGACUGUGACGGAACUCACUGCUAUGCAACAGACAUCAUUCUUCACACUCAAGUGGACUAACAGACUGCAUACCAAAGACUGUUAGACACUG